UUGUACACCAGAAACUCUGAAACAAGAAAAACACAAAAAUUGUCAGAUUUGGUCUGACGCCUUUCCACGCUAUCCAUUUUCUUUAUCUUUUCUUGAUCAAGUCAAAACAAUUCGUAAAUGUUAAUGUUUCAAUCCCAUCUGGUGGAUCACCACACAAUCCCCACACCUCACCAAAAUUCCUUCUUCGAUUCACCUAGAAGGGAUUCAAGAUUGUUGAUCAUAUCAUCUUUUAUGCAUGAUUUUGGGGGAAUUGUUAAGGUGUUUGGCCUAGGUUCUUGGUGAAAAGGAUUAAAAAUCCGAUCUUUGAAGGAGGGGAGAUGAAUUUGGUGUGAUGCAAUGAGAAGCAUUUUGCAGAAUAGGGAAAAUGAGGUUUCAAAUGAUAAUUAGAAGAGGAGGUUUUACAUAUAUGGCGUUUGUGUUCGCUCUUUCGUUUACCGCGGUGAUGGGGGUGGAGAGGGAUGAUCAAGAAACCUUACUUGCUUAUUUGAUGGAUGCAGGAGAGAUCAAUCAGGAGAUGGCUGAAUUACUACGGACGGACUGCAUUAACGAGCUAUCGAGUGCCAAGAAAACAUUGCAGGAUUUUGAGUUAUGCAUCGUGAAGGAAAGGUCAGUGAGCCGUGAGGAGCUUUAUGGUGGAUCAUCCAGAGGGAAGACGCAUGAUGCUCGCAAUGCCAUGUGCUCUCAGAUUAAGAAAAUCCUCGUAGAUUGUUUGCACGAUAAAAACCUCGUGCUCCCUGUCACUGGUGUGGAUACCAAGUACUUAGGAUCUUUAUCGUCUUCUCCUAUAAGGCGUGAGUUGGCUGAGAAAUCCGGAGAGCAAGCUGAUCCAUUCCCAACCAUCAUGCUUGCUGUCGGGGCAACUGCAGCCCUGACCUUUAUCAUUUGUAUCCUGCUGUUUUAUAUCUGCUACGCGGGUAGCUUUGCAGCAGGUCGAAACGAUGUGAGGCCUCUCCUCAGCUUGACCUUAAGUGACAAUUCCUCCGCCUCUUCGCAGAAGUGUUUGACUCUAGAAACGUUGACAAACGAAGAAAAGCUUGGCAGCAGCCUCGGGCAUACCAGGAGUAGCGGGAACGUACACUUGGAGUCGCGGUCUCUGGGAAGUUUGAGCCAUAGCAGGAGCAGCGGAACCUUAUUUGUGCAGUCGAAUGGUGUGAACGAGGAACGUUCGCUCAACAGCUCACAUUCUCUGAAUGAUGCACUUACUCUGGCUAACUCGGUCACUCUGAGCAGUUCCAAGAAAGAGAAGCCUCUCGGAACUUCUGCUGACGACGCUGCCAACUCCACUGAAGGGGCGAUACCUAUAUUUCCGCCUCUAAAGCCGCCUCCCGGGAGGAAAAUGCCUGCCAGCCUAGCUACCUCAACUCCUCCCCUGCCCCCGGCUUCAACACCUCCACCACUUUCCGCAGCAGCACCUCUCAGCACACUGAGGCCACCAGGAGCAAUGGCACCAGCACCCCUGCCUCCUGGAGCACCGCCACCCCCUAGAGCUCCUGGUGGUCCACGUCCACCGGGACCACCUCCACCCAGGGGGGGGCCACCGCCUCCUCCUGGUGUAGGUGGUCCUCCACGGGCUCCUGGGGUGAGGCCUCCUAGGGGUGCACAUCAUGCACCAAGCUCAUCCGAGGGAGAUCUUGAUAUAGGCGAGUCUAAGACGAAGCUGAAGCCUUUCUUCUGGGACAAGAUGAAUGCCAGUGCUGACGAUUCGAUGGUUUGGAGUCAGAUCAAAGAAGGAUCAUUCCAGUUCAAUGAAGAGAUGAUCGAAACCCUAUUCGGAUACGCCCCUGCAGGUAAAAACAUGCUUGCGUCAAAGAAAGACCCGUCCCAAGAGGCUCCUAAGUUCAUUCAAAUAAUUGAUGCCAAGAAGGCACAGAAUCUUUCGAUUCUGAUCAAAGCAUUAGGCGUGACUACAGAAGAAGUCUGUGAUGCACUCGAAGAAGGUAACGAGCUUCCUAUAGAACUUAUUCAGACUUUGUUAAAGAUGGCGCCUACUUCCGAAGAAGAACUAAAACUGCGACUCUUCACGGGUGACAUAAUGCAGCUAGGCCCUGCUGAGCGCUUUCUAAAGGUCAUGGUUGAUAUUCCGUUCGCGUUUAAGAGGCUAGAAUGUCUUUCUUUCAUGAGCGUCCUUGAGGAGGAGUCAGCGUCGCUAAAAGAAUCUUUCCUCGUCCUGGAGGCUGCCAGCAAAGAACUGCAGAAAAACAGACUGUUUCUCAAACUUCUUGAGGCAGUUCUUAAAACAGGAAAUCGCAUGAACAGUGGCACGUUUCGCGGUGGUGCACAGGCGUUUAAGCUUGACACGCUUCUAAAGUUGGCGGAUGUGAAAGGAUUAGACGGGAAGACAACGUUGCUGCAUUUUGUUGUCCAAGAAAUAAUCCGAGGGGAAGGCAUAAGAGCUGCUCGUGCAGAGAGAGAGACGCGAAGCAUGUCCAGCAUCGUGUCUGAGGAUCUUGACAUUGGCUCUGACAUAGACACGGAUGAGGAUUUAAGGAGCCUCGGUCUUCAGGCCGUGUCACGCCUUGGGAAUGAUCUCGAGAGUGUGAAGAGAGCUGCAGCUUUGGAUAUUAAUAACAUAACCGGGACAGUUGGGAGGCUCGGCUAUGCGCUUGUGAAAGCACGCGAUUUCCUCAACACGGACAUGAAGAGCAUAGAGGAAGAGGAGGACAAGGGGUUUGAAGCGGCGCUGAGGUCUUUUGUAGAGAGUUCUGAGGCUAAUGUCAGGUGGUUGUUAGAGGAAGAGAAACGAAUAACUGCCCUCAUCAAGAGCACCGCCGAUUACUUUCAUGGAACUUCAGGGAAGGUGGACGAAGGGCUGCGAUUAUUCUCAGUCGUUCGCGAUUUCCUUGUGAUACUAGAUAAGGUAUGCCUUGAAGUUAAAGCCACGCCACCAAAGCCAAAGGUGGAGAAGCCUAAAGUGGAAGAGAAGCCUAAAGAGGAGGUGAAGCCUAAAGAGGAGCAAGAGCCGAAAGAGGAGGAUAGUUCCGAUGAUUCAGAUGAGUCGGACGAUUCAAGUUCAGAGGAGGAUACAUCAACUGCCAAAGAUGGUCCAGUUGCUGCAGCUCGAAAACAAUCUCUUCCGGUAGCAACCAUGCCUAAUACGCGUCGUGAUAGUUCAGAUGAUUCGAGUUCGGAAGAAGAGGACAAGCCAGACACAGUAACUAGGGAAGUACUACAGAAUCCUACUAGUGCAUCAACAGUGAAUGAGGAUCCAAUUGAUGGCCUAAUUCCUAGUAGACAACCGGAUAGUUGAGACGAAGACGACGAAGAUAAGGACUGAUUGUAGUAGAAUCAGAAAAAAAAAUCAAGCGUAAGUAAGCCUCAUCUUAGUUUAAUGCAACCUAUACAUUGACCUCAAGCAAGCUGGGGUCUAAGAGAAUACAGUAGCAUCUCUUCUUUGAUUAGGGCAUAGAUGAUUUUUGGAAAGUGUAGGAAAGUUAUGUAUUAUCUUCCCUUGUAACUUUGUGUUGUUGUAAAUCUUGUUGUGCUUCCAUUAGAUUACUAGACAUAGGCAGCUCUCCUUUGUUCAUACACAUAUGAUUCCAAUUUCAAGUCAUCACUGACUGUCUUGUUUUUCUAUGUAUUCCUUUUCCAAAUC